UUCAGUCUUCAAAACUUGGAGUGCUGUCUGUUUGUCCUCUUUCCAUAUUUCUCUUACAUGCUUGCAGAAGGUCUUGGUCUGUUUGGUAUUGUGUCAAUAUUGUUCACAGGAAUGGUCAUGAAGCAUUAUACGUAUUCAAAUUUAUCAGAAAACUCUCAAAGAUUUGUUUCUUCCUUUUUCCAUUUGAUAUCAUCACUAGCAGAGACAUUUGUGGCAGCUAAUGUUUUUUCUUGUGCAUAUUUGGUCAAUGUGGUUCGACUUGCACACAGACAGAUACCUUUAAAACACCAGAAAGCACUUUGUGUCGAGUCUUAAGAUGGAAAUUUAAAGGAACAAAAAAGAUAGGGUUUAAGGUUUAGGGUUUUAGGGCAAACAAUGUUGUUGGUGCUCUUUAAAAAUGAGUUAUUGAUAUGCAGAUUGAAAAGGAGACUAAUUUGAAGGUGGGAGGAACCUUUUGGUCAAGCUAACCAAAUUAUACUUAUGUUUAUACAUAUGCAUGCUUGUACUGGGAUUUGAUUGUGUUUUGAACUAGCAUCUUGUCCUAUUAGACUGUCUUUAUGCCAUAGUUCCUCAUAGUAUGCCGAACUAGAAUCCUGCUGAAGAGUAGAUGAAAAGAAAUCGAUGCUGCAGAGGAGAUGAAAUGAAACCAAUGCUGCAGAGGAUCUAUGGCACUGCAUGGGAGAGUGAAGAUCAAUUGAAGGCAUUUAUUCAUUUCAAAGAGGAAGCUAAACGUCAAGAUCACAGGAGCCUUGGUCAAG